AUGGCAAGAAGAUCAAAGACCGCAACCGAAAAGGAGGCCAAGGUGGUCGAAGCGCCGCUCACCACCAAGGUUGCGAAUGGCACGCCCUACCAGCUGGAUCCGUCGCAAGUUGAGCGCGCGGCCGAGGCGCUCGUUGCGCACAUGAAGAAGCACGUUGAAGCAAAGGGCGAGGAUGCUCCAGUGCAGAAUCUGGCAGACGACGAGGACGAGGCGGAAGAGAACGACCAGCCCGUCUUUCUCAGCGUUUCUACCAAGAAGCACAUCAGCGACAGCAACCGAUUAAAGCCAACCAAAAUUGUGCUACCACAUCCAAUAAUCCCCAAUGAUGUCCGAAUAUGCAUCUUCACAAAAGACCCCCAACGGGCGUACAAGGACCUCGUUGCCUCAGACGCUUUCCCUGUUUCCCUUCGCGAAAAGGUCCAGCGUGUACUCGGUGUCGACAAGCUGAAGAAGCGUUACAAGUCGUACGAGCAGAAGCGCGCUCUGUUGGCCGAAUACGAUAUCUUCAUGGUCGACGACCGCGUCAUCAAGAUCGUUGCCGAAUUCCUAGGCAAGACCUUCUACCAGAGCAAAGCCAAGCGCCCGAUUCCCGUCCGCCUCACCGCGGGCGCGUACAUCGACAAGAGCGCAAAGAAAGAGACAAGGGAGCCUCAAAAUGUUGUUGGAACUCCCCUAGGCGUAGCAAAGGAGAUCGAAACCGCGUUGAACUCUACAUACCUCAGCAUGAGCGCCUCAGCCAAUACCUCGAUAAAAGUCGGAAAACUCUCCCAAACACCCCAACAACUCACUGAAAACACUGCCGCCGUCGUCGCUGCCCUCAUGGACAAACACGUCCCGCAAGGCUGGCGCAACAUCCGCUCACUCCACAUCAAGGGUCCUUCAACCAAGGCCCUACCCAUCUGGCUUGCCGAGGAGCUUUGGACUGAUGCAACCCAAGUGCUCGAUGGGCCAUACCAUGGUGCGAUUGCAGCAGAUGGAGCUGCGAAGGGCAAGAGCGCCGAAAAGAAGAGGAAGUGGGAUGAGUGGGAAGAGGAGCUGUUGGACGACGAUGCGCUUGCGGCCAAGAAGGCGUACAAAGAGGCAAAGAAGGCCAAGAAGACAGCGAAGAAGCCCUCUAUUAGCAAGGAAAAGAGAAAGGCUUUGAAGAAGCAGGCGCUGGCCUCGGUGCAGACACCGCUGAUUGCUGGCUAG